AUGCCUUUUGGUAUACCAACAGCACCCAGUAUUUUCCAGAAAACGAUGGAUAUGAUAUUGUCUGGAAUACCAGGAGUUUGUUGUUGUUUUUUUGAUGACAUACUGUUUGUCGGUUCAACUGAUGCUGAGCACGAUACAAGAGUGAGGCAAGUAUUACAACGCCUAAAGCAACGAGGAGUCCGGCUAAAGAAGGACAAAUGUGAAUUUGGUCAGUCGCAGGUGACAUACUUAGGUCACAGGGUAGAUCACGAAGGUCUGAAACCUACAGAAGACAAGUACAGCCAUUUCUUACCAAAUCUGUCGAAUACUGUACAAGCAUUGUAUGAGUUACUUCAAAAAGGAAAACAGUGGAGAUGGACAAGGAAACACAGGGCCGCAUUCAAUGCAAUAAAGAACAAGUUAUUACAGUCUGGUUUUCUUACGCACUAUGAUUUGUCUCGACCAGUCAAGCUCAAAUGUGACGCAUCCCCAUAUGGAAUAGGAGCCUGUUUGAGUCACGAGUUUGAGGAUAGAUCGGAGAGACCAGUAGCAUUUGCUUCACGGACACUGUCAUCAGCAGAAAAGGGCUACGCCCAAAUAGAGCGUGAAGCACUGGUGAUAAUUUCUGGCGUUCGUCAUUUCCACAAGUUCCUCAUUGGCCUAAGAUUUACACUAGUGACAGAUCACAAACCUUUGGUCAAAAUUCUGGGACCUAAACAGGGCAUCCCGGCGUUAGCAGCAGCAAGGCUGCAGAGGUGGGCACUAAUUUUAAGUGCACAUGAGUACAACCUGGAGUAUAUGGCUGGAGAGGAGAAUAAUGAAGCAGAUAUGCUGUUCCGACUGCCAAUGGAAGUGAAUGUCAUAGACCCUAACCAGGAAUUGUAUCAUGUGGAUUGCUGUGAGAAUCUACCUGUAACAGCAGCAGAAGUAGCACAAGAGACUAAAGCAGAUCCAAUUUCGAGACGGGCAUUCCAGUAUACAUUGUCUGGAUGGAACUGGAAAAGUCACAUGGAUCCAAGGUUACAAUUCUACUCACGACGGUCAGAUGAACUUAGCGUUGGAGAGAACUGUUUACUUUGGGGAACACGUGUGAUAAUACCGCAAAAAUUACAGUCAAGAGUUCUAGCAGAUCUUCAUGAAAACCACCUGGGUUCAAGUCGAAUGAAGGCAUUAACAAGAUCGUAUAUCUGGUGGCCGAGUUUGGACAUGACGUUGGAAGAAUUGUGCAAGAAAUGUGAAAUUUGCCAAAGUCAGAGGAAUAAACCGCCUGCUGGUAUUCCUCAUCCAUGGAUGUAUCCCACAGCACCUUGGGAGAGAGUUCAUGCAGAUUUCGCGGAGUUGGAAGGUCAACAUUAUCGUAUUAUGAUUGACGCUUAUUCGAAAUGGUUGGAAGUGCAUGAAAUGGGCACUAGUACAACCGCUAGUAGGACAAUAGAGGUGAUGAGGCGAGUUUUCAGUUUUCAUGGCAUUCCAGGACGAUUGGUGACGGAUAAUGGUCCACGAUUCAGGUCAGUAGAAUUUCAGGAGUUCAUGAAAGGAAAUGGUGUCAAUUACCAACUCACCCCUCCGUAUCACCCAUCGAGCAAUGGACAAGCAGAACGAGCAGUUCAAAUUUCAAGAGAUCUAUGGAGGCACGACCUAAAGGACGUACUAUUCGACAUCAAAUAUCUAUACUAUUGCUGCAGUAUAGUUCGACUCCAAAUACCUCAACAGGAGAAACGCCAUCCGAAUUGCUAA